GGAGAGCCGUGCACCAUCUGCCAGCCUUUCCCAGAGCCCGCAUCCUCCGCUCCCCCCCGCCCUCAUGGACCAGUCCUGCUCCCCUAUUUAAUUCCCUCUACUGCUGCAUCAUAUCUGCUCUGUCACUAGUUCAGCUGUGUCCUGAUAGGGGAGAACCCCGAUCCCCUCCGAUCUCCUCCGAUCCUCUCCGAUCUCCUCCUUCCUGGAAUAAUCCGCUCUUCCCCAUUGUCAUUCUUCUAUUUCUUCUGAAUGCAGUGCGAGUCCUCCCCGGAGAGAAGCUGGCCGAUCCCCCCCCAGUCUGAUCACUGAGCACCGACUUCACUUAUCAUCAUCACCACCGAGGAUCGUACCGGACUAUUGUCUGCACACCUACCGACAUGUACCUACCUACCUUCCUCCUCCUCCUGGCUGUCAUCGGAUUAUCAGGGGCCAAUGUGUCCAACUAUGACCUGGAGAAAAGGGAUGUCACUGACUUUGCUAAGCUGUCUGGCAAUGAACACCCAAGACUAAACAGACUGAACAGAAUUACAAAUACUUUAAAAGAUAAUUUGGAAAUGCCAGUACGUAAAGCGAUAACUAUAGAUAUUACUCCAGAAGCCAGCCAACCGCUCACUACAGAUGUUUUGGUCGCCACAGGAGGAAAAAUGGUCCUGAACUGCACAGUGAAAGAGCAUGAAAACUCAUCUCUCCAGUGGUCCAACCCAGCUCAGCAGACCUUGUAUUUUGGAGAGAAGAGAGCUCUCAGAGACAACAGAAUCCAGCUUGUCCGGUCCUCCCAAAAUGAGCUGUCGAUCAGUAUUAGUAACGUGGUGUUAGCUGAUGAGGGCGAGUACACCUGCUCAAUCUUCACCAUGCCCGUCAGGACAGCCAAAGCAAUGGUGACAGUUUUAGGGGUACCCCAGGAACCCAAGAUAACCGGAUAUGAUAGACCAUUUAAUGAAAAGGAAAAUGCCAUUCUGAGGUGCACAACAAGUGGCAGCAAACCCGCGGCCAACAUUAAGUGGUACAAAGGACCUGAAGAGCUGGAAGGAGCACGGAACUCUGAGACAAGAGAUCCCAAUGGCAAAACCUUCACCGUUGUCAGCAUCAUCAGCUUCCCAGUGACCAGAGAGGAUGACAAGGUAGAAAUCACCUGCACUGUUGGUCACGAGUCAAUGCCCAACACUUUCAAAUCUUCCAGCCAGAGUCUUCAAGUCUUAUACCAACCGAUGGCAAAGAUUGAGCCCCGACCCAAUCUGCCAAGAGAGGGGGAGAAGCUGAUGCUGCAGUGUGAUGCCUUUGGAAACCCUUCACCUGAAAGAUAUAUCUGGACACGAAAAAAUGGUGAACUGCCCACAACGGCAACCUUUGACCAUAAUAGCCUGGUGUUCCUGAACCUGAACAAGAGCGACAGCGGCACCUACGUUUGUGAAGUCUCCAAUGUAAUGGGAAUGUUUAUUGCAGAAUACAAGCUGGAUGUCAACGACUCACAGACAUUUAAUCAAGACCCCAGCCCUUAUCCCACCCAUUCAGGUCUGGACCACGCUGUCGUUGGAGGAGUGGUAGCCGUGAUUGCCUUUCUGCUGUUCUGUCUGCUCAUUGUCUUGGCACGCUACUUGAUCAGACACAAAGGUACCUAUCUUACUCAUGAAGCCAAGGGAUCAGAUGACGCACCCGAUGCCGACACAGCCAUCAUCAAUGCAGAGGGCGGACAAGGCGGAACCGACGACAAAAAGGAAUAUUUCAUAUAAGCCUAACUCCUCUUCCUGAUAAUGUAACAACGGCAACAAGAUCAACAAAUAAGUUAACAUCGGAGAGAAAAAAAACAGGAUUAGGAAGAACAAAUUGAUACCAAUGUUCGGCAACAUGUGACUUGGAUGACUCUCUUUCUCUAACGCAGGGCCAAAAACAGGAUGAAGGGGAGAGAAAGGGACAGUCGACUGAGAAAUUGUGCUUCUUAAACAAACUUGUACAAAAGUUAUUACUAAAAACUCUUUAAAAGGUUAAAUUGCUUGCUUAAAUCUACAUAUCUUCAGUGAACGCACUAUUCUAACAAAACAAAUAAUAAUCGUGAGUUCAAAUA